AUGUUGGACGCACAUCCAGAUGUUCGGUGUGGCGAGGAGACUAGGGUUGUUCCGAGAUUAUUACAAAUGAGAUCCCAUUGGUUAAAGUCACAGAAGGAGUCUCUACGCUUGGAGGAAGCGGGUUUGACCGGAGAUGUUCUUGAUUCCGCUGUAUCUUCGUUCAUCUUAGAAGUUGUGGCAAAACAUGCUGAACCCGCAAAUAGGUUGUGUAACAAGGAUCCUUUCACCUUGAAGUCCGGGACCUACCUUCACCAGCUAUUCCCUAACGGGAAAUUCCUCUUCAUGGUUAGGGAUGGUCGAGCUACUGUGCACAGCAUUAUAACAAGGAAAGUAACAAUUACUGGAUUUGAUCUUAAAUCAUACAGACAGUGCCUACAGAAAUGGAACUCAGCUAUUACAGCAAUGAACGAUCAAUGUACGGAGUUAGGCCCUGAUCGUUGUUUACCAGUUUACUACGAACAAUUAGUACUGCAUCCUCAGCAAUGGUUGAGAAAGAUUCUUAAAUUCCUCGACCUGCCCUGGGACGAAGCUGUUAUGCAUCAUGAACAGCAGAUUAAUAAAAAGGGUGGUGUGAGUUUGAGCAAAGUGGAACGAAGCUCGGAUCAAGUGAUAAAACCUGUAAAUCUUGACGCUCUAAGCAAAUGGGUCGGGAAAAUGCCACAGGAUGUUGUCGAUGAUAUGGGAGAAAUUGCUCCUAUGCUCAAACAUUUCGGAUACGAUCCCACAGCGAACCCUCCAAACUAUGGGAAACCAGAUCAGUUUGUGCUUGAUAAUACUAAUGACAUUAAGGAACAUGAUGCUGAGUGGGAUGAGAUUGCUGAGAAGGUGAAGAAGCUAAGCAAGAAGGACACAAUGCCGAGAGCCAAGGACGAGAGCAAAGAUUUCGAAUAGAUCUUUCAAUCCAUCUAUCACACGGGUCCGGAGAUUACUCUUUCAUUCAAUCCAUCAAUUACACGGGUUCUGACAUAAUGCCCCUGUAAGCGGAUCUAAUAAACCUAGAAUAACUGACUAAACUCCAACCAAACCUUCAAGUUGUGUCUAAUGCCGCCAUUUUGCGGGUUGGUCCAUUUUGCGGUUUGGUGAAAUUUGCCGCGCUAAACUCUUGUACACCUUUUCUCUGCGCGCACAUGCCGGAACUGAAUUUAGUUUUUUUCAAAUAUUUACACAUUAUAUUUACUUGUACACGUUUUAUUAUUUAUUUACACCAAGUACUAGUUGAGAAU